AUGUCUAACUCUCACAGGCUAUUUCUAUUCCUCCUAGUACAGAUCUUGCAUGUCUCCUAUGCUGACGUUGGCACAGCUUCCCACUACAGACCCCCAUAUUUACCCACUGCUUGUUACGGAAGCGAUGCGGCGCAGUUCCCGUCGAGCAACCUAUUCGGAGCGGCUGGGGAGGGGAUAUGGGACAACGGUGCCGCCUGCGGGAGACAGUAUAUGGUCCGGUGCAUAAGCGCGGCUGUCCCUGGAACUUGCAUAGUAGGCCAGACCAUUCAAAUAAGGAUCGUUGAUCGUGCACUUGAUUCGGUGUCUAGGCCUUCCAGGGAUGGUACUUCCAUGGUUCUUUCCACGACUGCUUUUGGGACCAUUGCCAACCCUUCGGCUGCAUCUAUUAACAUAGAAUUCCAACUGGUUUGAAGGGGAUAUACUUUAUUGAUUUGUCAAGUGAUGGAGCUCAUGAACAUCAUUUUUCUUCUAGAAUUUUGAUAGGAAAG